CCCCCUCUCUCUCUUCCUCUUCCUCUCUCUGUCAGUGCGUACUCGCCGUGCGUUCUGCAUGCGUCAAGGGAGCACCGUGCGUAACGGGAGAGUCGUGCGUAACUGGAGACAGAUUUCACUCCAUUUUGCGCUGGGAUUCUGAGGACCACUGGCGGUGUAACGCUCACUUGCAAGGACACUGACCGCUGGAUCCCGAUAUAUAUAUUGCUAUUUUAACACAUCUCACAGCUCGUCUUUUCUCCCCCCCUCUCUCCACGCGACGCCAGUCGUACGUCAGAGCUGACAUGACGACCGAGACCCCUCAGCAGCAGCUGGACCCUCCGCCUCCUCUGAGAUCCAGCCCGGCGUCCGGCGCCUUGCACCCCGCCAUGCUGAGCCCACAAGCCUCCACAGAAAGUUCGUCCACCGCCAUUAAAGGAAAGAAGACGAGCUCUGGUUUACGGCGACCAGAAAAGCCGCCGUACUCGUACAUCGCCCUCAUCGUUAUGGCAAUACAGAGCUCCCCCACCAAACGACUGACACUCAGUGAGAUCUACCAGUUCCUGCAGGCUCGCUUCCCAUUCUUCAGGGGCUCAUAUCAGGGCUGGAAGAACUCGGUCCGGCAUAAUCUAUCGCUGAACGAGUGCUUCAUCAAACUGCCCAAAGGGCUGGGCAGGCCGGGGAAAGGCCACUACUGGACUAUCGACCCAGGCAGUGAGUUCAUGUUCGAGGAGGGCUCGUUUCGUCGCAGACCCAGAGGCUUCAGAAGAAAGUGUCAAGCUCUGAAGCCCAUGUAUCGGAUGAUGAACGGGAUAGGCUUCGGCACCUCCAUCCUCCCGCAGAGUUUUGACUUUCAGUCUCCAUCCGCCACCCUCGCUUGUCACAGCAACAGCUACAACUUGGACAUGAUGAGCAAUUCAAUGGCCGGGGGGUACGACGGGCUGAGCGGCGGUCACCAUGUACCCCACAUGUCCCCGAGUCCCGGCUCCACGUACAUGGCGAGCUGUCCCGUGCCGUCUAACGGGGAGUACGGGCCGGACAGCAGCAGCAGCCCUGUACCGUCCUCUCCAGCCAUGGCCAGCGCGCUGGAUGGCCACUCCCCGUACGCCAGUACAUCCGCACACUGGGCGACCUCCGGCGGGUCCCCCUACAUCAAGCAGCAGCCUCUAACCUCCAGCAGCCCCGCGUCCUCUGGUUUACACUCCGGCAUGUCGCCUUACUCCCUGGAGCAGAGUUAUCUUCACCAGAAUGGCAGGGACAGCCACAGCACCGACAUAUCAGUGGGGAUCCCGCGCUAUCAGAGCCAUUCCUCGGUGUGCGACAGGAAAGAUUUUGUGUUAAACUUUAACGGCAUCUCUUCCUUCCACCCCUCGGCUGGCGGAUCCUACUAUCACCAUCACCACCACCACCAUCCCCAGAGCGUGUGUCAGGACAUCAAACCCUGCGUGAUGUGAGCUCUGGUGUCAUUGGGGACUGCAAACCAGAGAGGCACCGACGGGUCACAGUGAAACUGCAGCUCCGUCUGAACAAACAAGCGGACAUUUUUUUCAUUUCUACUUUUCUAAUUUUUUUGAAGGAUUCAUACGAGGAUGUAUCGUGGCGUCCGCUCUCACAUGUUUGCCUCCUCCGUGCAGCCAAAGUAGCUCUCUUGGUUGGACUUGAGAAAACUAUGCAUUGAAGGAAAUGAAUGAAGAAACCCCAGAGGCCUUUAUAAAAACCACUCUGCCAAUAUGAACCCCGACAAGCGUUUUCUUCUUUAAAAGAAGCUUCGGAACUUUUAAUGUGUUUGCUCUUGUAACACGUGCAAACAAAUUAUAUUCUAUGUAACUAUGUUCUAUCCUAUUAGAGUAACUACACACACGACGCUUUAGGCUAACAUGAACUGCAACAAACCUUGCACUUAUUGUAUAACCCUUUGCCAACUUUUUGUUCUGUAAAAGGUUUCAAUAAA